AUGGACAGCUCACGACUUGAGAACGCACCACAGGAGAAUAACAAAGGGUGUCGAUUGUACUGCUGCAUGUCGUCUGCCUCAAAGACCCAUCACAAUGAGUUGGAGGUACUCACCGACAUGAAAGUACAUAAAACCAAAGCUUUGUUCAAAAGCAUCAUCAUCAUCGACAGCAUGACAUCAGUGUUCAACGCCGAUGCUUCACCGCCGUACAACCAUGACUUAUUUGAAAGCCUUAUUGUAAAGAAAACAAUAACGUGUCUCCAACCAGGCACAGUGAGGAUCACGCGGUCCCCACCCUGGAAGGCGAGUAGCACCGACAGCACCCAAGCGUUUCGUGAUCUCCUUCAUAAUCCUCUGCCAAGUCAAGGGUUGGCCACCUCUCUGUUUACGCCACUCCGAAUUGGGCAUGGAAAACAGCACUCUCUUCGGCAAACGAUGCACACAUCAAUGCCAAGCGAGUCCAGUGUGAGUGCAAGAGCAGCUUGUUGUCCUGCUUGCUUCAGAGUUCGGAAAUUGAACGCGGCCAGACAGACUGGGUGUCAAGGCUUGAGGACUGAUUUGGAGAUUCCUGAGGAUGUCCGCACUAUGUGA